GCCACCCGUGCCGUCGGUGCCGCCGCCGCCGCCGAUAUGGCGCGCCCGGCCCCUGUGGAGCCCCCGCUGCGGCAUCCCGCGCCCCCCUCGCCGGCUGCGGGUGAGCCCCGCACCUCAGUUGAGGCAGCGGUGGCCCCGCGGAGAGUGCUGUUCGCCGACGAGGCCCUGGGGCUGCCGCUGGCGCAGCUGCGCCGCUACCGGCCGUGGGGCGGGCCCGGGGCGGGCAAGAUGGCGGCGGCGGCCGGGCAAGAUGGCGACGGCGGCGGGGCUGACGAGGACGACGAUGGCGAGGAUGGGGAUGAAGGGGAGGAGGAAGAGGAAGCUUGCCCUGAGCCCUCGUCGCUGUGCCCCGUCCCCGCUGGCGGGGGGUUUUACCUGGUGCCCACAUUUUCGCUGCCGCCUGCGCCGGGCCGUCUGGAGCGCUUGGGGCGCGUCAUGGUGGAGCUGGAGGCGCUGCUGCCGCCUCCUGGAGCGGUCCCCGGGGGUGCCGGGGUGUGGGUGCCUGGGGGACGCCCGCCGGUGCUGCGCGGGUUGGUACGCGUGCUGAACCGCUCCUUCGAGAAGGCGGUGCACGUGCGGGCCUCACACGACGGCUGGGCUUCCUUCUGCGACCAUCCAGCGCGCUACGUCCCGCGCAGCCCACCGGGGGCAGGAGCGGGAGGACCAGGAGCAGGAGAUCCCAUCCUGGAUCCCGGCCUGGGCCUGGGCUUGGGCCCUGGCCAGGCGUCCGCCUCCUCGCCCGACGAUGGCGGCCGCACUGACCGCUUUGCCUUCCAGCUGCCCUUUGCUGAGGGCGCGGGCGAUGGGGCGCGCCUGGACUUCGUGGUGCGCUAUGAGACCCCCGAGGGCACUUUCUGGGCCAACAACCACGGCCGCAACUACACAGUCCUGCUCCGGAUCGCACCCGCUCCCACACCCACUGAUGCUGAAGGGCUGCCCCAGCAGCAGCAGCUGCAGCAGCUGGAGCCACAGCCCGAGUGCCAGGGUCCCGUGGAGGCUGAGGCCAGGCAGCUGAAGAGCUGCAUGAAGCCGGUGAGGCGCAGGCCUAAUGAGGAAGAGCUGAGGAUGAAGAACACCGAUGAUAACCCCCCUGCUGUGGAACGCCCUAAUGUCCAGGAGUCAGUGGGUCCCCUGGUGGCCCCCACCCCUCUCCGUCCAUGGCCUCAAAUGACACUUCAGGUUCCUGAAGUUACAGUGACUGGCAAACCCCCAGAGGAAGGUGAUGUUCCUAGAAGCAAUCCGCCCGUGGCUUUCACAGAGGUCCCCCAGGCACCAGUCAUCAGGAUUCUCCCCUCUUCCUCUCACUCUGGCCUGGGUGGCUUCCCCAGGGACCAGGCCUCAGGGCCCGAUGCAAGUGAGGGGGCAGCUGGGCCUCUCCUGGAACCCAGCCAGCAACAGGUGGAGGCCACGUGGGAAGUAUCAAGCGAGAAUGGAGGGGGCCGAAAGGACUCCAUCGUGGGGGCCAUUAUGGAUGAACCCCCUGGGGGUCUGGAGGUCGUGAGUGGGUUGGAGGAGCUGCUUGGCGAGGACACCAUUGACCAAGAGCUGGAGCAGCUCUACCUGUCUCACCUGAGCCGCCUGCGGGCUGCUGUGGCUGCAGGUGGGAUAGGAGGUGGUGGGGAGGGCCCUACAGAUGGGGGGGUGUCCCCCAGCCAUCCCCUGGGCAUACUCACGGACCGCGACCUGAUCUUGAAGUGGCCUGGCCCUGAGCGGGCUCUGAACAGUGCCCUGGCUGAGGAGAUCACACUGCACUAUGCCCGGCUGGGGCGUGGUGUGGAGCUUAUCAAGGACACUGAGGAUCCUGAUGAGGAGGGGGAGGGCGAAGAGGGGCUUUCCAUUAUACCCUCCAGUCCAGAAGGGGAUACCCCCAAGGAAUCACCUCCGGAAAUCCUCUCUGGGGCCCAUUCUGUGGUAGCCACUAUGGGAGAUGUGUGGCUCCCGUGGGCAGAGGGCUCGGGAUGUGACAUCCCCGUGGUUCUGGGUACAGAGGGUCAGUUCGCUGGGGCUCCAGAAAAGGGGUUGGGCAAGGACACUGAUUCUUUGCACAUGAAUAAAGUGACAGCUGGGGUGACUAGGUCCCUGGGUGGGAAAGAAGGCUGCAAGGAGUUUACCACUGAGUGGGCAGGCAGCCUCGUUCCUAUAUCUGGCAAGGAACCAGCUGCCCCAGCCCUAUGGAGGCAAGGUCUCACCAACCUUAGUCCCUCGGGGGCUGAAGUCUGCCCUUCCAGUUUGGCCAGGCCCCACGUGAGCUCCCAGGAUGAAAAGGGUUCAGGCCCAAGCCUUGAGCCCCUAAAGAGGUCACCCACCUUAGCAACUCCUACAGAAUGUGUGUGUAUAUUGCCUCCCCAGCUCUGGGGGCCCUUGACCCAGACUCUGGGGGUCCUGGCUGGGUUGGUAGUUGUCCCUGUGGCUCUGAACAGUGGUAUGUCCCUCCUGGUGCUUGCACUGUGCCUCUCUCUGGCCUGGUUCUCGUAGGAGCUGCUUGUGGGGAGCAGCAGUAGGAGGCAUUCCCCUCUCUUGGAUCUGGGGAGAGGCAGUCCCUGCACCACCCCCAGGGGCUUCAGAUGGUACAUGUGGCCUAUAUAGUGAGGGGUCUUUUGCUUCUGAGGAUGCUCUACUGAAGAGAGACCUUCCCAUCCCUGAGGUCUUGUUGGCACAGGGCUCCCUGUGGUGACACUAGUGGAGGGGAACAGGGCACGGUGGAUGGUGUGAGAUAACUUUCAGAAAGGAACUGGGCAUGUCCUCCCUUCCCCCCCACCCCCAAGCCUGUAUUUAUUUUUGUAUAAUUCUCUGGAUGAGGGAGAGUGGUCGUGAGCUGGUCUUGGGGCACAAUUACCCAGAGAUAUAUUUAUUAACAGCCAACCUGUGCAACCUGCUGGAGCUUUAUUUUUAAUUUAAUUUAUAUAGAGUACCUAUUAUUAUAUGCCACAAUAGAGCUCUAUGAGAAAUGAUGUGUCUUUCUGUGCCAUGUUCUCCUGUUUGGGCCUGAGCG